CCUCGCAAGCUCAUGCCUGCCUCCUACGCUCUGCUCUCUUCUCCCUACUCCUCCUCCUCCUCCUCCUCCUCUCCCUUUCGGCGGCUUCCGAUUCCUUCCCGCGCGCGCACGUCGUCGGUCGUCCCUUCCCGAUUCGCUCCGUCCGACGACGCUCCAGCUCUCCACCGUACCGCCGUGAGCUGAGCUACCUAUCCAGCUAGCGCGCCAUUAAAGCGACCUCUCUUUCCUCCUCGACCUGCCGCGCCAAGCGCAGAGAGCAAGCACGUACACACGAACCGCGACCCAUUUCCAGCCAUGGGCAACCGCAAGAAGCUCGUGCACUUCCUCCGCGUCGACCGGCCGGCGGCGGCGGCCGCGGUCUCCGCUACUUCCUCCCCUAGGUCCUUCUCCUCCAACUCCUCCUUCUCCGACGACGACGGCUACGCCUCCUCCUCCUUCCAGGGCUCCGCGUCGUCCUCGCCGUCGCGGUCGUCGUACAGCCCGCCCAAGUCGCCGUGGGCGCGCCUCCCGGGCCUCACCGGCGCCGCCGACGACGACGCGACCGCGACCGGGCUCAUCGCGUCGCUCGUCAAGGAGGACGGCAAGGUCUACUCGCUGGCGGCCGCCGGGGACGUGCUCUACACCGGCACGGACUCGGAGACCGUGCGGGUGUGGCGGGACCGGCGCCAGCUCGCGGGGUUCCGGACCGGCAGCGGCCUCGUCAAGGCCAUCGUGGUCGCCGCCGACGGCCGCAUCUUCACGGGCCACCAGGACGGCAAGGUCCGGGUGUGGCGCGCCGAUGGCGACGCCGCCGGCGCCGUGCACCGCCGCGUGGGGUCGCUCCCGCCGCUCGGGGACCUCCUGGUCAGCUCCGUAAACCCGUCCAGCUACGUCCGCUCGCCGCGCCGGCGCCGCGCGGCGGUGUGGCUCCGCCACUCGGACGCCGUGUCGUCGCUCAGCCUCGACGAGGCCGCGGGACUGCUCUACUCGGCCUCCUGGGACCGCACCUUCAAGGCGUGGCGCGUCUCCGACUACCGGUGCCUCGAGUCCGUGCCCGCGCACGACGACGCCGUCAACACCGUCGCCGCGGCCGGGUUCGGCGGCCUCGUGCUCACCGGCUCCGCCGACGGGACCGUCAAGGUGUGGAGGCGGGAGGUGGCGGCGGCGGCGGGAGGAGACCGGACGACGAGGCACGUCCUGGAGCGGGUGCUCCGGGAGGGCGGCGACGGCGCGGUGACCGCGAUCGCGGCGUGCCCCGAGGCCCGCGCCGUGUACGUGGGCUCCUCCGACGGGCUGGUCACGUGCUGGCGGUGGGGGCUUGACGGCGGCGGCGAGCCGAGGCUCGCGGGCGUGCUGGCGGGACACGGGACGGGCGUGCUGUGCCUCGCCGUGUCCGGGCGCGUCGUCGUGAGCGGCUCCGCCGACGGGACGCUCUGCGUGUGGCGGCGCGACGACGAGGAGGAGGAGCACGAGGGACGCCACGCCCGCCUCGCCGUGCUCGUGGGGCACACGGGCCCCGUCAAGUGCGUCGCGGUGGCGGCGGACGGCGACGACGACUGCUACGCCUACGACGCGGACGGCGAGCGGCGGUUCGUGGUGUACAGCGGCAGCCUGGACGGGUCGGUCAAGGUGUGGCGCCUGUCGGAGGAGCGCGCGCUGGAGCCGCCGCCGGCGGUAGAGGCAACAACGGCUCCGUUUAUGGCGGCACUGCGGGAGUCGGAGGCAUGGAUGCCCCGGCGCCGGACAGCACAGCUGCCGGCGUCGCCGCUGCAAGCGUGGGCGCCGGAGCUGAAGGGUGUGGCUGCUGCAUGAGCACGACGAAGAAGCUACUGGCUGCACGUACUGCAUGAGGUCGCGCGCGUGUGCGUGCAAGAAGAAUGUGCCGCGCACACGUGUACUGUAGGAGAGUGUGUGUACAUAUACGUGUAUAACAUACGGUAUCCGUGUGGUUAGAUGGAUUUUGAGGAGGAUUUGAAUCCUCUGUGGAGUGUGCCGGGGUUUUUUUUUUCAAAAUUUAAAGAAAAAAAAUUAAGUGUGUGGUGAUGGUGAUCUUAUAUACGGGUAGUUGAUGAGGAUAAACGGUCGGUUGGCCUGGUUUGAAAACGAGAGGUGUCUUCUACCAUGUCAAAAUCAAAUUAAUGGAGAAGGAAAAGGAUUUCGUGCUUGUUAAUUGGUAGAUAUUA